AUGAUGGCGGACGCCGACUUAGAUGAAGAGAUCUCCGCUUUGAGAAAAGAACUAAACUGGUUGCUUAAUGAAGAGUUGCAACAUGUUCUCCAACAGGUGCAAUAUACAUUGGCGGAAUGCAGUCAAAGAUUCCUUACAGAAAAAGACAAAGAAUCUGAAGAAUCCAAUUUUAGUUGUAUUAAACCACAGAGAAUUCUACUUUCUGGUCCCAAUGGGGCUUCUCACAUCAGGUGUGUCUUGACCCUUCAUGGUGACAACAUCACUGAAGCAGACAUAAACUUUAAACACAAACAAGGAAACCACCACAGUUUGUUUAAGACAUCAAUUCAUCAAAGUUUACCUUGGAAAUUACAACAAAUUCAAGAUGCAAGCAAUCAUUUGAGAUGUGCCGCUUUCUGUAUAUCAACCAAGGAUGACUAUGCAUUUAAAUCAGUCAGGGAAGUGACUCUGUUUCUGGAUGAAGUUAUGGAAAGUAUAAAGAAAGGAAGAACUUGUUUGACAUUUCCUCGACGUAAAUCUGUGGAAGAAUUGCUGAACAAUCAAAAUAUGCAAGUCUUUCAACCAUCUAUACCAAACAGUGUGUCCCUCAGUUUUUAUAUUCACACUUCCAAGCUGAUUCUGGCCCUCUAUCAGUUGCACCACAAUGCCCAACUUCAAAAGAUGGAGGUCUCUGCCAGACACCAGGUGGAAUGCACAGUGAAGUGGUUAAAUGAAGCAGUAAUGUUAUUUACUUUGGCAAUUCAGCAGAUUCAACAAUUGAAAGAUAAGUUUCAGGCUUUGCAGUGUUUUGAGGAACUUGAAAAUUAUGUGAAUGAAGGGCCUUCCUGA